CGUACUGUAUCUUGGGUGAUUCAGCAUGCGUACUGCACAACAUGGCCGAGAAGCUGAAACAGCCGGUUCGCGAGGUCCCUGCCGCCGAAGAUCCCCACCAGCAGUUACGUCAUGUGGACGACGAACCACUGAUUGACGGUGGAUUAAUAGCGGAUGCUGUGCGGAAUGUGUAUGCCGAAAGACACGCCAAGUCGAGUAUGCGGUAA